AUGCUCGCACUCCUACUGUUGAUAUCACUUGCGGUAACGAUCCAAGCAGAUGGCUACGGUGCUCCUCCACAAGCCCAAAGAUCAAUUUCUCCAGCUCCAGCUCCCUAUGGUGCACCAUAUUCGUCAAACCAAGUGAUCGCAAUGCCACAACCACAACCGCAACCGCAAGUGCAACAAGUGCCACAAAUGCCACAGGUUGUGCCGCAGUACCAGCACCAGCAGUACCCGCAGUUCUCCCAGCAGCCAGUGCCGAUCGGUAUGCAACAAGUCGGCUUUCCAAUGGGUUACAGUAUGUACUCCAGCGCACCACAGCAGUUGAACCAGAAUCCAUUCCAAAUGUAUGAACGUCAGCUUCCAAACUCACUUUACGUCAACUACCCACACGGAAUGGUAAUUCCAUCCCACCACUCACAAAUGCAACAGCAACAAACGGCGCAAAUGCAACAAACGGCGGUUCCACCUGCGGCGGGUACCGGCUUUGUUGUGUCAUCAGGCUAU